AUGGCCUCCCAGAGCACUUCGCCCGUCUUUAUCCAGGCCCCUCCCCAUCCGCCUCAUACAUUGAACUCCGCAUUCAGUGCAGAACUUGAACCGAGCCACCACCCGCAGACACCAACCAUGCCCGGACCUGAGUCUCACGAACCUCUCUCCUCCAGCUCUCCGCACCCUCACCUUGAUCUACCUCCAUCCUCACCCGAAGUGCCGGACGCGGAAAUGGCGGAUGUCCCCCCUGCAGAACCCGAAUCUCGACCGCAAGAGUCAGCGAAUACUGCUGGAGAAGAGCCUCCAGUGGAGGUGUUGGAAAGUGUCGUAAUUCCGGAGCCGGUGGUUUCUGAGGAAGAGGGAACUACUACAGUGGUUGCGGAAAUCCCGAGUCAGGAGUCAAGCUCAACACCUCCUCCCCCGCCCGAGCCGCGUAAUAACGCUCCCGAAUGGACAGUCUUUGAAGAGGACUGGUCAAAGCCGACUGAGGAGGAGAUGGAAGAGCUGAGACUGAGAGAAUCUAGAGGCACAGAGCUGAGCGCACUGGACAUCCCUAGUGUCGAGAAGCGCAUCUAUUCAGACAUGGACGUCCCAGACGUGCGUCCAGUCAAGAAGCUGCGCCUCAGCUGGGUCAUCAAGGGAGUUAGAGGAACCAAGGAUAGACCGAACCACGCCAGAGUCAUGGUGUCACCCCCCGCUGUUGUGGAUGGGAACUAUUGGCAAAUCAAAUUCUACCCGCGAGGCCAUACAUCAUCAUCAUACAGCGCUUACAUUAAAUGCAGCAGACGACCUCCAAAGCCAGACACGAAGCCCUCUGAAAGCACCUUUUCAUUGUUCGAGGGCCCUCCAGAUGCGGACUUCGGCAAUGGGGCCGUCCCAGCUAUGAUCCUCAAAGCUGAAAGGACAGCAAAAAAGGAUGACCGUUCUUCAACUGCAUCCACCGCCCCUUCAGUUGUCCAAAAUCAAGACUGUCAACCACCUUCAGAGGAAGCAAAUCCCGGCGCUGAAGGUCCUGGCCAUGAUGAGGUGCUUGAUGUCCAAAGUCCUCCAGAACCAGGGGACGAAAAUUGGCGACUGUCUGCGCAGCUUGGAGUGGUGAUGUACAACCCUGAGGAGCCACGCACUUGUGCAUAUGCCUCCACCGAAGGACAAUUCUCCAAAUACGUGGACGACUGGGGUUGGUCAAGUGUUGCAGGGCCUUGGAGGGAUGCGCACAUUCGACAACACUUGCAAAGAGCACCGCUCUUGCAGAAUGACACCAUUGCCAUUGACGCCUACAUCCGCAUCUUCGAUGACCCGACAAAGGCCUUGUGGUGGCGUAGCUCCGAAGCCGAACCGCACUGGGACUCGAAGUCGCUUGCAGGGUAUUUCCCGAUGGGAACUCCUCCGCUCUAUCACAGCCCUGCCGUGGCUGGGAUGACCGCAUGGCUUCUUUUGGCCCCUUUCCGCAAACUGCUGCAGCACGUUGACGCGGGAGGCUGGCGGCACAACUCUCAAAUUCGACCGAGGCCGUUCAUCGCUCAGCUCCAAAUGAUACUCUUUUUGAUGCGAGCUUCAAGGAAAGAACGUGAAACUUACGUGGACCUGUAUCCUGCGAUCCAGGCCAUGAGAGACUUUGGAGAAGAUUAUACUGACGUCAAAACCUUCUGGGAAGCCUUUCGAAGGACGAUCGAACUUGAGCUGGACGACGAUCAAGAAAGCUUGAGAGCGUUGAAAGCAAUCUUUGACGGUCCAAGCGGUCCAAUCUCACUACCACCAUUGCCGGUGGAGAACGUGCUCGACAUCCAGCAAACGCUCAAUCGUGUUCUACGGGAAGUGAAUUUCAAAGGAUGUCUCCCGGACUUUUUGCCUCUGAUGCUAGCACGGGACAAGUUUGACAAGACAACACGAGAAUGGAAGCUGCUUUACGACCGUGUGAUCUUGAACGACGAGAUUGACGUUUCGGAAUUCAGCACCGACGUAGGAGGUGUCAAGUACACUCUCUAUGGAUUCAUGGUCCAUGCCGGUGUAAGGAACUCGGGGAAGUUUUAUACUGUCUUGCGACCGAAGGGGCCAAACACGAUGUGGCUAGCUUUUGAGGAUGGGGAUGGUAACCAGGUGUUCUCUUACAACAGAAAAGUCGUCCAAGCAUUUGAAGGACUUGAAGGACAAGCCCUGAAGGAUUUCAACUCGGCGCGAACAACUGCUUACAUGGCGAUGUACAUCAAGACGGCCUGCUUGCCCCAAUAUUUGCCUGAAGGUCUGGAACCGUAUCAGCUUCCGAAGUGGCUUGCACCCUACCUUGAUUCUUCAUAUCAGGAAGCGCAUGGAAACUUUGCUGAAGACUCCAAGGACGCGGACUUGGAAGAAAUCAGUGUUGAAGUCUACUCUGAUGAAGGCAUAAUCGGAAGGGAAGGGUUACUGGACAUGUACAACAUCAAACAACAGUCUCGACACAAAGGGCUGUUCCACCUCUUGACCUCGCCCAAAGAUGCAACAUAUCAGGAUCUCAGGCAGCGCCUAGCUGGAAAGCUGGGAAUUAGUGAUCCUCAAACGGUCCGACUUUUCCGGAUGGGUUACACUGGCAUUGGUCAUUACGCAACUGCACAAAUGGUCCACGUUGCCCUGACAGAUACUGUAGGCGACGGCAGAGCCAUAGGCCAGCCAUUAUGCUUGUGGAUGUCAGUGCUCAGCAAGGAUGAGCUUGAAUUGUUCGGUGAGCCAGAUAGAACACGCGUCGAACUGGAUGCGGAUCUGUUACACUCCAGAAGUGAGGCAUCGCUGGCGGCAAGUGUCACCAACGGCAACGAAGAGCAGAUUGCUGCUCCCGACGCCGAACAAGCUUCAAUUCGAGCUGCUGUUGCUGCCGACAUUGAUCGCAUCUCGAAUAACAGACAGCAACCGUCCGCCGUGGCCGUGGAAAUCAACGACCCAGAUACUCCCAUGCAGCUUGAGGUCCCACCUCCGACCGCCGAAGAAAGCCUGACUGCGAAUGGGCCUCAUGGUCAUCUCAUUGACGCGGCCGCACAUGAAGACGUGGUGGCUCCACCUGUCAGCAAUGAGACUCUAUUCACUUCAGCAACCGGAGUCUCGACAUUGUCUCGGGCUGAAGAAUCCCUGAUUGCCGCUGUCAUUUCUGGAGACGCUGAAGCCAUGGAUUUUGUUAUGAACUCGGGAUCUGUUUCCACCGAACAUUCAGCCUCGCAAUCUGGCGAGUCAUCGCAGUCUUCGUCACCGCCGCCUGAAAAACAAGGGCCUGUUGAUAACGUUUAUGGCUUCCUGCAAGUAUUCGACGUUGACAAGCAGACUUUCCGUGUCCAAGCAACCUUCUUUGCCCGUUCAGAGGAAAAUGUGAGAGACUUUGUGCAGAGGCGCUUCAGUUAUGCGCCGAACAAGAACUUUAUUGCCUGGCGUCGCCAUUCAACCGUCGAUGGGACCAUUGUAGGGCCCGAGGACACAUUUUCGGAUCCCAGAUUUGUCAAUGGGUGUGAUCUUGUUGUUUACGAGCCCGUUUCCGAAACUCGCGUGAAGGAGCUUGAGAAGGAGGGCAAGUUCGCCACCCCUCACGAAUUAUCCCACUACUUGCGGAUGGUUGAGCGACGGCAUCCAGUCCAUUCCAAGACGACCACCGAGCCUGUCGAGCUCGCGGAUUUUGGCACCGACUACUACAAAGGACCCCUGGUCAAUGGGCUCUGCCAUGGGACAAAGUGCUUCAGUAUCAGCUCCACGGGUAACACCUACGAAGGACCCCUGGUGUGUAACGUCAAAUGCGGCAAAGGAGGCAAAAUGACGUACUACAAUGGCGACACCUACGAAGGUGAAUGGUACCAGGAUGAGCGCCACGGCCAAGGGACUUUUGUGGAAGCCCGAACCAGGAAUAAGUACGUUGGCGGCUUUGAGAACGGCAAGCGGUGGGGAAUGGGUACCACGUACUGGCAGGUUGCGGACGAGCAGGCGGACCUGUGCCAGAUCUGCUACGGCAACGAGAUUGAUGCGUUGUUCUUUGACUGUGGGCACGUGUGCGCUUGUGUCGAAUGUGCGAAGCAGUGUGAGCUGUGCCCUAUUUGCAGAAAGGCGGUGAAGCAAGUGGUCAAGAUGUUCCGAGCUUGA